ACCUGGCAACCCACAGGCUCCAGUCCAGUUCCCUGUUGGUGUGAGGUUGUACAAUGAAGGCGCGAUGGCUGCUUGCAGUAAUAUGGAUGAGAAUGACCAACUUGACAGCCGCUAUUCAUGAUGGCUCUGCUUUCCUGAACGCUUUCUUUGCCAAAACACACUAAUCUCCCUGUUUCGUCCCAUCUGUAAAGGCCAAGUGUUGUGUUUGCCUCAGUCUGCUAGCCCCGUGCUAUGAUUCUAUCCACAUCAACUCUCUUUAAUUGACCAAACCGAUAUCACUCAUAACAUGGCCAUCUCACAGUUUCGACUUUUUAAAAUAUGCACCUGCUUGGCAUCUAUUCUCUCAUUCUUGAAAAGAUUAAUUUGUAGGACUGGAAGGUCCCGCAAGCUGAGUGGGGAUCAGAUCACCCUCCCAACCACAGUUGAUUAUUCCUCUGGGGCAAAACAGCCAGAGAUUGAGGAUUGGAGCUCAUGGGACGAGGAAGCUCCAACAAGUAUUAAAAUUGAAGGUGGCAAUGGGAUGGUUCCACCUCCACAGAACGAAGAUGAAGAAGAAGAGCCAGACUACUUCAAAGACAUGGCUCCCACCAUCAGGAAAACACAAAAAAUUGUGUUGAAGAAAAGGGAACCUCUGAAUUUCUCUAUGCCAGACAGCUCCUCAGGUUUCUCCAGCCGACUAGCAGCCACUCAGGACAUGUCCUUCAUUCAGCCGUCUGCGGAGCUGGGGGACCUGGACACCUGGCAGGAGGACAGCAAUGCCUGGGAGGAUGAGGCAGAUGCAGCCUGGGAAGCAGAGGAUGUACUUAGGCAGCAGAAGCUGGCUGAGAGAGAGAGACGUGCAAUAGAGCAACAGAGGAAGAAAAUGGAAAAAGAGGCACAGAGAAUGAUGAAAAAAGAGCAGAAGAUUGCUGUCAAGCUUUCCUAACAUUAAUACAGCACACCGGACACUCAAAGCAACAGCCAAACAACUGCUCAUAUUACAUUUGACCUGGUUUUGUCCUGACUGCCACACUGCUGUCCAUCUUGGGGAAUUUUUUUUGUUUGUUUCUUCAGGUUUUCUUUUUGUAUUGGAUUGAACACAGCACAAAGAAUCGUCCCUUUUGUUUAUCUUUGAGCUAUUGGGACUGUUCUUACGGUGCAGUCGAUGAAAGAAAAAAUGAAAUGUUUUUUUUUUCUUUCAGUUUUUAUAACACUUGAAUGAUUUCGUGAAGAACAAUUUUAGUUAAGGAAUUCUGCUCAUUUUUGAUUUAGCUUUUUUGCCUCCCUUUUUUGCCUUUUUCUUCAUCAAAGUCUUGUGUCUGUGCUUUAAACACCGGACCUCUCCAGAAAGGGGUUAUAUCUCAAUAUUUCAAAAGAAUCAAAUUUAUGCAA